AUGGUUCAGGAAUCACUUGCUAAGCAAAAUUUUCAAAAGACAGCAGAGGAUGCGGUCAAUAAACAAGUGCAAUUAUAUCAACUUGCACAACAAACUUAUAUUGCUGCAUCUGCUUAUUUUGAUAGAGCCGAUACCGCCUUACCCGGAUUUGUAAAAUACUUUCAUGAACGCGCUGAGCAUGAAGGAAAAUUAGCUCAACAUUUAAUUGACUAUCAAAUUACGCGUGGAGGUAUCUGUGUUCUCAGCAACAUCCCUCAACCCCAGACGGAUUGGCAAAGUGCCACCAAUGCGGUUGAAACGUGUUUGGCACUUGAAAAAGAUGUCAACAAAGCUUUGUUAAGUUUGGCUACUCUUGCUCUCAACAAUCAAGAUAGUCAUUUGCGCCAUACCUUAAAGGGCGGGCAUCUGUCUGUCAAGGUAGAAACGAUUGAAAAUAUUGCCAAGGGUUACACGCAACUUCAAAGAGUGGGUGGUCAAGGACUUGGACUACACUUGUUGGAUGCCGACUUGUAUGAACACGAAAAAUUCGUUGUUUAA